CGAGUGCAUAAAAAGAAGCAGAGCGAGAGAAAGUCAAAGAGCGAAUGGAGGCUGCAGGCUUUCAGUUCCUGGAAUGAUCAAAAGCUAGAAGAAGGGGUCCCUGAUCAUAUAAUGGAGCCAGGUGCCCGGCUCUCCCCGGAGCCCCUCACUCACCUCGGCCGCCUGGAAGGCGAAGAGGGGCAGCCACGCGACGCCGAGGAGAGCGGCAGCCGGACGACGCCUCCCUGGUCCUGGAGCAGAGCUGGACCUGGCCAGGGGGGACGGGGACGGAGCUUAGCCAAAUCCAAUCCAGAGGGAGCUGACCCUCUCCAAAAUGGAGUUCGCAGGUACCUUCAGCUCCCAUCUGACCGGACUGUGCUGAUAGUCCAUGCAAAAGUUGCUCAGAAAUCGUAUGGCAGUGAAAAGAGGUUUUUCUGCCCCCCGCCUUGCGUUUACCUGACUGGACCAGGCUGGAAGUUGAAGAAGGAAGACAUGAAAGAUCCAACAGACUUCAGUUCCAAAGUAUGUGGCUAUAUAGGACUUGAUGGCACAAGCAGCAGCCACGUGGAGACCCAGAAGCUAAACUUUGAGGAGCAGCUAGAUUCCAAGGUGUUCAGCUGUGCCAAAGCUCUGUACAUUUCAGACUCAGACAAGAGGAAGCACUUCCGGCUGGUCGUCAACCUCUUCUUCAGCAACGGGCUGGAGAUCGGCACAUUCCACAGCAAGCUGAUCAAAGUGAUCUCCAAGCCCUCCCAGAAGAAGCAAUCCCUGAAGAAUACGGACUUGUGCAUUCCAUCCGGGUCCAAGGUCUCCCUCUUCAACCGCCUGCGCUCCCAGACUGUCAGCACCCGUUAUCUUUCGUUUGAGGGUGGCGCCUUCACAGCAAGUGCCAGGCAGUGGGCAGCCUUUACACUUCAGCUGGCGGGUGAGUCCCAGGGUGAGUUCCCCCUGCGAGAAGGAUACAUUCACUAUGGUUCCACCAUUCGCCUCAUCUGCACAGCCACCGGCAUGGCCCUGCCCCCUCUGAUUAUUCGGAAAGUUGCUAAGCAAUCAGUGAUGUUGGAUGUGAACGAACCUGUCUCCCAGCUGCAUAAAUGUGCAUUCCAGCUUCAUGGCACUGACCGGAUGUAUCUCAGCCUCUCCACAGAGAAAGUGGUCCAGUUCCAGGCAUCACCAUGUCCGAAGGAAGUGAACCGGGAGCUGCUGAACGACAGCUCUUGCUGGACCAUCAUUGGGACGGAAACCGCAGAAUACACAUUCAGUGACUGCCUCACUGGCAUUCAGGAUCCUGUGAGCCCAGUCCCUCUCAUCACGGCUCUGGAACUGGCAGGUGGAGGGGACGUGGCGAUGCUAGAAGUGCAGGGCGAGUACUUGCAUGCAAACCUGAAGGUUUGGUUUGGAGAUGUGGAAGCCGAGACCAUGUACAGGAGUCCCAAGACCUUAGUAUGUGUUGUUCCUGAUAUCUCUGCAUUCAGCUGUGACUGGAGGUGGCUGAGAUACCCCAUCACUGUCCCUCUCCUACUGCUAAGGAAUGACGGACUGAUUUAUUCCAGCACUUUCAGUUUCACAUACACACCAGAGCAGAGUUUCUUCACUGGACAACCAAUCCUGCCAAAGGUGAUGCACGAUUCCGACACCUUGCUUGAUACCAUCCAUCAGCAGUUCACAAAGACCAACUUUCACCUCUUCAUGCAAAGUUAGAGCUGGUGCUCUGUAUAUGCCAGGAUUCAACAGGAGUUGGGCGACGCACAGAGCAAAAGAUUUGGCUUCCUGUGAAUCUUAGCUUUAAUUCUCAUGUCUUAUUUAGGGCUGGGCAAUAUCUGGUUUUCAGCGUCGUGAUAUAUCACCAGCUAAACAUCACAAUAUACCAGUAUAUCAUGAUUUCUGAAAUAGGGAUGGAGCUAUGUAGAGGCAUUGACUGACUUCACAGUUUUUUCCUGCAUUGUGAUUUUUGCAUAGCACACACACACACAAUCAUGAUUCACAAUAUAUUGCCCGGUCAAAAAUUAUGACACAGAUAUCACAAUAUGGACUUCAAACAAGUUUUGUAUGAUACAUUGAUAUAUCGCUCAGCCCUAAUGUAUAUACCUGAAAGUAUGUGGUGAACUAUAUCACUUGUAAACCGCCAACACCAGAGAGGUGGCUGAAUAAGAUGGGCCUGUUGUGACUAUCAAGGCUGAAAAAAAUUGUGCAAAAUAGCAUUCUAUUAUACAUUACGCGGAAAUCAUGCAGUAUUGUUCAAUGCGCAUAACUUAUACAGGUUGCAGAAUUUCAACUUUUCAAAGUGCAGAAUCUGGAUUUCUUGGACAUUACGAGUGGGGGGGGGGAUAGCGCUUAUUAGACUGCAGUGGCAAAAGAACAUAGUUGCAGAGCACCAGCAUCACAUGCCUGUAUAUGAAAAGACGCUUUCAUUUGAUGGUCACCUGGACUUGGACUGUUUCUUAUGGAGAUGAUAUGCUGCACUAUCUAUGGAACGAGGAUGCGGGGCUGUGUAAGUUACGUUGCGUUUAUUUGAAACUUAAAUAAAAAAAGAUAGUGUACUGUACAUACAGCAAUUGUUAGAAAUUUUUCAGAUGGCCAGACACCUGCAUUUCAAGAUAAAUGUUAAUAAAUAAAUAAAAAUUAAAGUACUUGCAAGGUGACUUGAGGGCUGCAGUG